AUGUUACCAUAUACCGGAGCAGACAGCUCUACAACAUACCCAGAGACAGCUCCUGUACCAGCCCCGACGAAGACCAACGAAGAGCUAAACCUCGCCGUCCUCCGGCGCCAUGACCCAUCCAUAUCCUCGAUCCUCUCCCUCGCGCAGUACGCAGUCGUCUACCUCUUCAACGCAACCACACAGCUAUGGGAGAAGAUCGGGGUCGAAGGGACAUUGUUCGUCUGCCAGCUUACACAAGGCGAGAUAGGGGAGGAGAGAUACAGCGUGUUCCUACUUAACCGGCGAGGAAUGGACAAUUUUGACGUCAAGCUGUCGACCGGAGACGAUAUUGAGAUUACAGAUGAAUACGUGAUAUUGAAGGUUGACGAGCCCGACCACGGCCAGGAAAGCCACGGCAAAGGUGCAAUAACAACUUCCCCAGGCCGAAAAGCGAUGAUAUAUGGAAUAUGGAUCUUUUCAGAACCCCCUCCAAGCUCAACAGCGGAGGCGAGGUCGAUAAAUGCGCAAGUCAUCAAGGAAUGCGCGGUGCAUGCGGGAGAAAGCAGGAAGUUUGCCGAGGACCGACUAGCUGCUGAACGAAGUCGGAAUGCUGCGCAGCAGCACACUUAUGAUGGUGCAGGCCAUGAGGAACCCUCACAGGGCGGUGUGCCUAUGGGUCGACAGAUUUCGCUAAAGGAACUAUUUGGACAGCAGAGGGCGCAGGAUGACGAGUGGAGUGUCAAGGUGCAUAGUCCGGUGCACGGGAAUGAAGGGCCGCCCGUCAUGCCGUUCCCUCCACCUUCACAUCAGCCAGCGCGUUCCCAUCAACAGGGGAACUGGGGACAAACACUACCUUACCCAUCAGGUGGAAAUAAUGUGUUGGGAGAGUUAUUUCGCAGCGCGAGUAUAGGCUAUCAAAGACAGUAA